AUUAUCGGCUAUGGGGCAAAUGUGAAGAGAGUUUUUCGUUCAGGUUAUUUAUGUGAUUUUACCCCGUAUAGAGGUCUCGCACGCAUCGAUGUUAGCGGCAACGCCAAAGUUUGUGUGGCACUCAAUGGAGCUUCAACCAUGUUUUCAAGGUAAUGUGCUGUUCUUGGUGCGGCGUCACAUAAUCAAGUGGAAGAGUCAUCAUAGAUUUGGUUCAGAUUCCGGGAACCAAAAUAUCUGUGAGCAUUUGAGAUCAGGAAAGAGAUAUUCCUCAAAGAGUAUUAGAACUUCCAUUUGUUGUUCAAAUGAUGCAGGGAAGGGUCCAUAUGUACCUUCUAUUACCCAAGUAACUGAUGCAAAAGUAAUUUAUAGUGUCGCUCCUGCCAAGGGUCAUAACCAGGAGUCACAUCCAGAAUGUAAUUUAAGAGUUCCUGCAAUUGUGAGUGCUCUUGAAAAGAUGGAACUAACUUCAAAGGUCCGUGGCUCAAAGAUCAUUGAACUACAAAAUUUUGGACCUGCUUCUAUAAAUGAUAUUGCAAGUGUUCACGCAAGAGCUUAUGUCUCUGGCCUCGAGAAGGCUAUGGACCAGGCUUUAAAACGAGGCAUUAUUGUCAUUGAUGGUUCUGGACCUACUUAUGCCACUUCCACUACAUUCCAGGAAUCACUAAUUGCAGCUGGAGCUGGAAUUUCCUUGGUUGAUGCAGUGGUGGCAGCAUCACAGGUUAGCCAGGACCCUGCUACGGGUUUUGCUUUGAUAAGACCCCCAGGUCAUCAUGCUGUCCCUAAGGGUCCCAUGGGAUUUUGUGUUUUUGGAAAUGUGGCCAUUGCAGCUCGCUAUGCCCAACGUGUACAUGGAUUAAAGCAUGUUUUCAUAAUUGAUUUUGAUGUUCACCAUGGGAAUGGAACCAAUGAUGCUUUCUAUGAUGAUCCAGAUGUAUUCUUUCUGUCAACUCACCAAGAUGGAAGCUACCCAGGUACUGGCAAAAUUGAUGAGAUUGGUCAUGGAAAUGGUGAAGGAACAACGCUAAAUUUGCCUUUACCAGGAGGGUCAGGUGAUAUAGCCAUGCAAACUGUGUUUGAUGAAGUCAUUGUACCAUGCGCUCAAAGGUUCAAACCGGAUAUUAUUCUUGUUUCUGCAGGUUACGAUGCACAUGUAUUAGAUCCACUAGCGAAUCUGCAGUUUACAACUGGAACAUACUACAUGCUUGCGUCUAAAAUUAAACAACUUGCCAAAGAUCUAUGUGGGGGACGCUGCGUGUUUUUCUUGGAAGGAGGGUACAACCUCGAAUGUCUUUCACAUUCAGUUGCAGACUCAUUCCGGGCUUUUCUUGGUGAGCCAAGCUUGGCACCUGAGUUUGACAACCCUGCCAUCUUGUAUGAAGAACCGUCAACCAAGGUAAAGGAAGCUAUUCAGAGAGUCAAACACAUACAUUCCCUGUGAAUAUGUCUGAACCUACUUUGUGGUAUAUUAUAUAAUUCGGUGUAGACAAUCACUUUCGUUUGGUUGUCUUGUUAAUUAGUUUGAUACAGAUUCUUAAAUGUAAUGGUAGAUAUUAAUUAUUAGUUAUGACAUGAUAAAAAAUAAAACUGGAUAAUGAGCAUUCCUUUCGUCCAAUGCUGGUUUUUCUGGAAUUAAAUGUUGGGAUUAUGUACCCUUCAAGCCAA